AUGUCAGACAAGAAGAAUAAUAGUGGUAGCGGAGUCAUUACAGACAAUCGUUUCAAAAAAGCACAGUUUGAUCCAAAGUUCAAACUUCGUAGAAGAAAAUUAGAUAAUGCUAUUCAAUCAGACGAUCGUUUCUCAAAGGCUUUAGCUUCAAAGAGAUUUAAUGAAAAGACUCAAGUUGAUCUUUAUGGUAGAAGAUUUGAGGAGAGUGACGAUGAAGAAAAGGAUGAGGUAGCAGAGAAACCAGUAAAGAGCAAAGUUGUUGCUCAAAAGAAAGUAGAUUCUACUACUACUAAAAAGACUGCUGCUGUCGCUGUCGUUGCUGCACCAUCAACAAAAGCAAAUAAUAAGAAACAAGCAGCAACACAACAAACAAAGGCUGCAACACCAUCAGAUAACAGAUUCAAUAUUCCUCAAAAAUGGAAAGAUUCAAAUUUAGUUGAAGAAGAUGAAGAAGAGGAAGAAGAAGAAGAAGAAGAAGAAGUACCAGUCUCAAAGAAACAACAACAACAACAACAACAACAAAAUAACAAAAAGAACAAUACUCCAGUAGUUGUUGAUACAAAGAAAAAACAAUCAAAACAACAAGUUGUCCAAGAAGAAGAAGAACAAGUAAAUAGUGAAGAUGAUGAAGAUAAAAGAGAAUUAUUAUAUGGUGGUUUUGAUUACAACUCUGAUACUGAAAGUAGUGAUGAAGAAGGUGUCAUUGAAGAUGAAAUAGAAGAAGAGGAAGAAGAAGAAGAUGUACCAAGAGGAGAUGCAUCAAAGAGAUUUGCAGUAUUAAAUUGUGAUUGGGGAAAUUUUACAUCAAGAGAUUUAUUCAUUGUAUUUAAUUCAUUUACACCAAAGAAUGGUAGAAUUGAAUCGAUUACUGUGUAUCCAUCAGACUAUGGUUUGAAGCAAAUCGAGUUGGAGAAACAGUCUGGUCCAAACCGUGCCAUUUGGAAUGACAAUAAAAAGAAGCAACAAACCGACUUGGAAGAACAAUCAAGAGCAUCUAUUGCUGCCAAAGCAUCACUCGAGUAUGACAGAAGAAACGAUGCCGAGUCAUUGGAUGGUGACGGAUUCGAUUUGGAAAAGUUACGUAAAUAUGAAAUGGACAAGUUGAAAUACUUUUAUGCCGUUGUACAAUGUGACAGCGUAGAGACUGCCAACGCCAUCUAUGACGAAUGCGAUGGUUUGGAUAUUGGUGAGACUGCCAAUACUCUAGAUCUCAGAUUCGUGCCAGACGACCAAGUAUUUACCAAUGAACCACGCGACACUUGUACAGAUAUGCCACAGUCUGGUCCCAACCUCGAGUUCCAAACCAAUGUACUCAAGGGUACCUCGGUUGACUUUACAUGGGAUGUUGACAAAACAAGAAGAAGAAAGCUUACUGGUACAUUCAACGACUUUGAAGAAGACGACAUCAAGACAUACUUGGCCGAGCCAGAAGCAUCAUCCGACGAAGGUGAAGAAAAAAUGUCAAGAUUAAAGUUGAGAAACAAGUAUCGUUCACUAUUGUUUGGUAAUGAUAAUGAUGAUAAUUUGGUUCAAGAAAAGGAUGAUCUUAAAGUUACUUUUAAAUCUGCUCUUGAUGAUGGAAAUGAAAAUCAAGAUGAAGAUGAAGAGGAAGAGGAUGGAUUCACUAUUAAAUUCUCUGAUCAAGAAGGUGGACAAAGUAGUAGCGAAGAAGAAGAAAGUGAUGAUGAAAGUGAAGAACAAGAAGAAGAUAGUGACGAUGAAAGUGGAGAAGAAAACAGUGAAGUUGAAACUGAUUCAGAUUAUGAUGAUAGUUGGCAAAAGGAAUUACAAUCAAUGGAUUCUGAUGAUGAUGCUACAAUGAAGGAGAUUACUAUCAACACUGACCUCAACUUGGUCGGUAAAAAGCUACUCAAGGACAAGGAGAAACGUGAAAACAGUAAUGUAUGGAACGACUAUUUGGAGAAACGUAAAUCAAAGAAAUACGAAAAGAAACAUGAAAAGAAGGUUCGUGAACAAGAGGAGGAAAGACGUGCCCAGGAAGAAGAGAAACGUAAAAAGAAGGGUCCAAACGAACAGGAAAAGAAACAAAUUGCAGAACUCGAGUUGCUCAUGCUCGAAAGCAACCAAGACAAGAACAAAGGAUUCAGCAAAAAGGAUCUUCAACGUGAACACAAGGAAAAUACAACUGGCAAGAAGAAAAACAAAAAGAACAAGGGUGGCAAAAAGAACGAAGACGACGAUGACACUGAAUCUUUCAAGAUUGAUGUAAAGGAUGCUAGAUUCCACUCGUUGUUUGUCAAACCAGAGUUUGCUAUCGAUCCAACCAAUCCAAAAUACUCAAAGACCAAUGCCCUCAAGGAAAUCCUCGAGGAAAAGAAACGUAGACGUGAAGAGACAAAGAAUGACUUCAAUUCAGAUUUGAAAAAGAUGAAACCAACUACAGAAACUAAUAAUAAUAAUAAUAACGGUACCGCUUCAGAUUUGGAUAGAUUCAAGGCAAUGACAAAGAAUAUUCAAAAAAAUACUCAAAAGAUGAAUGAUAAGAAAGCAACUUUAAAGAAAAAUUAA